AUGAAAGCAAAUUGGACAUUAAUCGCUAUUAGCGCUAUAUUACUUGUUGCAACCAUUUUGGGUCCUGAACAAGAACGUCAAAGUAUGGAGCAGCCUGAAUCCGAAGAAGAAGACUAUUUCUAUCCUGAUGAUGUCGAUGAUCCUGAUCAGGGAGAACCUAGGGGAUUACCAUCACGGAAAAUGUAUUCGGGUGGUACAACCAAAAAACCACGAACCUCGAAAAUGGGAUGGGGUAUGGAUCGUUUGAUGGCCUAUGUGCACAAAUUAUCGAAUUUGUUUAAAUCAAAAAUGAAGAAAAAAUAG